AGAUUGAGAGUGACAAGGUUUACAAACACUCCUUUCUUUCUUGUAUUGGGUUUACUGCUCCCGCAGGGGCCAUCCAUCCCAUCUCAAGCCCUUCUCUGGGUGAUUCUGCCCUUGACAAAGACACCAUUGCAAGAAAGAGCUACAAGAGGGGAGGGAUUCUUUCCUCUCUCACAUUUGCAUUGAUGCAUUAAACAUAUGCCUCUAGGUCAGGGCUGAAGUGGCAGAACUUUACUGCAGGCUAUACCUGAGUGUGUUCCAUGGCAUCAGACAGGUACUUUCUUCACCAUGGAAUUUUGUUACCAACUGUGGUUCACAAUGAGGAGAGUCUGAAAUAUGCCAAUGAUUUCAAAGUUCAGGACAGCGAUGUGUUUGCCAUUACUUACCCCAAAUCAGGCACCACAUGGAUGCAAGAGAUUGUACCUUUAGUCCUAAAUGGAGGAGACCUUACUCCAGUGCAAACUAUUCCCAACUGGGACCGGGUUCCCUGGCUGGAGGAGACACGAGCAGCCCUAGUUCUGGACCGUCUGCCCUCACCACGGGCAAUGGUCUCUCAUAUGCCCUACCAUCUCAUGCCCCCCUCCUUCUUCCCCUCCAAAGCCAAGGUCAUCUAUGUUACCCGGAACCCAAAAGAUGUUAUGGUGUCAUCAUUUCACUUCCACAAGAUGGCCAGUUUCCUGGAUGACCCUGGGACUUUUGAUGAGUUUCUAAAUAAGUUUCUCUCUGGGCAAGUGUUGUUUGGGAAGUGGACAGACCAUGUGAAAAGCUGGCGAAAUUCAGAUCUGGGAGACAGAAUCCUAUACAUUACCUAUGAAGAAAUGGUCAAGGACCUGCGGGGAGUGCUGGAACGCCUCUCACGGUUCCUUGGUCGGGACCCAAGUGAAGAAACUCUGGAUCGUGUAGCUAACCACUGCUGUUUCAGCAACAUGAAGUUAAAUGCAAUGUCAAACUACUCCCUGGUGCCACAGGAGAUCAUGGAUAGCAGCAAGUCCACCUUCCUUAGAAAAGGGGUUGCUGGAGACUGGAAAAAUCAUUUCAGUCCUGAGCAGGAUUUCAAAUUCACAGCUGUCCUAAAAGAGGAAAUGAACGGAACCAACAUAAAAUUCCCAUGGGAUGAGGAGUGAACAGGUGGAAAUGUACCGACAACGUUUUCUUGACAUUGCAGGCAGUUAGACAGUGGAGAAUUUAAAACAAAUUGACUUUCUAAAUGCAUCUCUGCAUCCACAGCACAAGUGUAAUGUCACUUAUGCAUUUAUUCCUCAUUAUUAUUUUUCAAUUAUUUAUUUUUCUCGCUCUGCAUUGUUGGGAUGUAAGCAUUUCAGUAUUAGUCUACACCUGUUGUUUAUGAAGCAUGUGACAAAUAAAAUGAGAUUUGAAAUGGUCCAAAAGUCCUGCUGCCACAGGAAUGACUUGUGGUUAACUGGAUAUUUUGUAACUUUGUUAGUAUUUUGAUUGAACUCAGUGCUUGUUGGUUAAGUCAAAGACCGGCUUUCAAAUCAAAGUUUAUUGGUCACGUAUACAGUUCUGCAGAUAUUAUCGCAGGUGCAGUGAAAUGCUUAUGUUUCUAGCUCCAAUAGUGCAGUAAUAUCUAGCAAUACAAUAAUAAUACAAUAACUUUCUGAACUAUUCUUGUGUAGUACUUAUUUCACAUUUUUACAUAAACAACUGGUAGUUGAAUACGUUUAAAUUAGCCAUAAUCUGGUAAUAACAGACUUAUCAUAAAUAGUAAAACACUGUAAGUUAUAUUACACAUUGUAUACAUCUGACCGUCACACA